AUGACUUCUUACAAUAAGCAUUUUCACUUUAAUCACGAAGUGUUGGGCGAUCUCAUUGGUAUCGCCCGAAGAGAAGAUCUGGUGCAGUUCCGCGGCAUUCCUUUUGCAAGCAUCCCGGCCCGUUUCCGUCAGUCGAUAGUUGCCACCAGUCUGCCUGCCAGUCCCUUUGAUGCAACAAAGCCUGGUCCAGCCUGCCCUCAGAUAGAUCUACCAUACCCGGCAUGGUGGGAGGGUCCGCUGCCUGACUAUGGCCUACCGUUGGCUCUUCCUGAGCAAGAGGAAUUCAAAUGUCUCAAUCUGAACCUCACAAUCCCUCGGGAAGCCCUUGAUAAGCCCCAUACACGCAAACUUCCUGUUCUUGUCUUCAUCCAUGGUGGCGGAUUCAUUGGCGGCAGCCAGAGCAUCCAAGUUGGUGGGCGCGAGAUUUAUGACGCCUACAAUCUCGUGAGCACUAGUCUCAACCUGCAAAAAGGACUGAUUGUCGUCUCGAUCAACUACCGGCUUGGUCCAUUAGGCUUUCUUGCCUCCUCACACCUCGAAGCCUUCAACAAAAAGCAUGAAGAGCCAGUAGGCAACUAUGGCUUGCACGACCAGCGUCAGGCAUUGGAAUGGGUUUCGAAAUACAUAGAAGGAUUUGGGGGAAACCCAGAUAACGUCACGAUCCAGGGCACAAGCGCAGGAGGUGUCUCGUGCCAUAUUCAGUCCAUAUUUCCGCAGCGCAAGUUCCAGCGUGCCAUUUGCGCCAGCGGCACCAUACCCAGCCUUGCAGCACAACCGCUUGAUGAGCACAACAUCUACUUCGACAAUCUUUGUCAGCAAGUUGGAGGCAUCCCGCAGGGAGAGGAUGCUGUAGCAUUUUUGCAAUCAGUAUCUCCCGAAAGACUUGUCUCUACGGCGCCUCGGCUAGCUUACCGUCCAGUGGUUGAUGGCCAUUGGAUCCCCUCACAAGAUCUCCCUAGUAUACUCAGCACUAUACGAGAUGCCCCUGAUAUCAUAAUGGGGUCAUGUGCCAAUGAGAAUGAAUUUGGAGAAGUUUUGUUCGGUAGCGAUGACAUUCGCUCCGUCAGUCCCGCUGAUGCUCGGCCUCGCCCUGACAACAUCAUUCUUGAGAAGGCGGAGCAUCUCCUCGGCGCGAACGGUAUGCUCACGAUGCAGAAAAAGCCCUUCCCAUUCUCACACCCGUCCGUCAUUCAAGCAUACGGCAUUGAAGACGCUCUUCAACAACCCGGCAGGGCCUGGCGGUCUUGGGCUCGAUUAGUGACGGACUGCGCCUUCGGAAUUGCCGCUGUCUAUAGUGCUGUUGCACACUCCAGGCGCUGGCCUACAUCAAACGUCUUCCUGUACGACUUCCAAGCAACCAAUCCUUUCGAAAAGUCUCCUCACUUCCACGGCAAGGCCAACCACGGCAUCAACGACCUUUGUCUGUUCAACGUUGCGGAAGACCUGGUGCCAGAACGACACCUUGAGGAUUGGCGAGGCGCCGUCGCCCAGGUCCAGAGCGUGUGGACCGAUAUCUGCCACCAGAAAUUGCCGUGGGGUCGCUUUAACGUAAGCAUCGAUGAGGAACUGGAUUUGAAGAAGAUGGGGCCGGUUUUUGUCUUUUCUAACGGUGGAAAGAAAGACGUUGAGGAGACUUUGGAGGAUGCACUUUCAGCGGGCUUUCCGGAGAAGUGGAGCACCGUUCUGGAUGUCAUUCAAGACUCGACUUCAACUACUUAG